CACUGUUUGAAAAAAAGUCCCAGAGCGUUAGUGGGCGGUUCUUUAAUAACGUUAUGAGCUUCGCCUACGUGUUGGACCCACCCUUGCUUGAUCCACUCCAACGGAACAGCGAAAGAGGGUUACCAGAAUUGAUUUUGCUGCUUGACUGUACACCUUACUCGGUACAUUUAUUUUUUACUUUCAUUUUACCUUUAUAGGCUACGGUCAUUAGUCUCUAUCUUAUGACGCUAUCGCUUUCACGGGUGAUUUGGGCGCUUUCAUAACUACGACUGACUGGUCACUGAUUAUCAUUAGUGAUGGAGGACCGGUCUCUACUGCAGCACAUGCGCCAAGCACCACAACCUAGUACACCUGUGCUUGUCUUAUCCAAACUCAUCAUGGCAGUAUUACCCAUCGCCCAGAUUGUAAUAGGUGUUAUGUUCCUGGAGAAAUGCCCCCAGCAACGCUACAUCCCAAUCUACCUGUUGGUGACGGGGGCAUUUGCCCUGAGCCUGUCUGUUAUGUCCUGCCUGCCUUGUACCAAAGAGCAGGAGGAUGGGGAGCAGAGCGGCCUCAGCACACUCUGCACUACCUGGAACUCUCUGGUGUCACUGUUCCUCUUCUGCUGGUUCAUAGCAGGAAACGUAUGGAUCUAUUCUAUAUACCCUGCCAACUAUAAAGAAGAAGAGCCUCCCUACUGCAACAAGACCCUGUAUUUGUUUGCCUUCUGGAGCACCAGCCUGGUCUAUAUAUUCAUAGGUGUUAUCCUGGCUGGGGGCUGCUGUGUACUCCUCUGCAUGUGUCUGUGUGGCGGGAGGGGGCUGGCGAUGAACCGUGCAGAUGUCUAAGGAAAUUGUCAGGGUUUUUCUGGGUUUUCCUUGUUUCCUCUCAAAUGCUUUAGUGGAGCUGAAUUGAGGUAGCCUUAAUAAUCAAACGCUGUGAAAAAUUUCAAGUAAAUUACCAUUGGAACUCGGUUUGGAGAGGGCUGAAGAUCAUUAUCCUUUUAAAGUACCUGGUGAAAACCGCACUUCUAGAGGUUCAUAUUCUGUUUACUUACACCAAAAUAAUGUCAUUGACUGGUACUUUUGGCGCUCAAGUGUGAGAAAACAAAUUCAAAACCUCAAAAAGAAAGUUUAGAACAUGUCAUGUUGGCAUAUUAGUUAUGUUGGCCCUUUAGCUGUUGUUGGGGUACAUCCAGAAAAUUCAAAAUCAGAAAUCUACUUUUAACCUUGUUUAAAUGUUUAAUACUACUUAAUGUUAAUAUAAAUAACUUCUUAUGUUUUAGAAACAUAUGAAGCAUUGUUAAUUGGAGGGUGGUUACAGAAUGUUUGCAUACUGUACGAAGUAUACUGCACAGUAGAGUACGUUGUUAAAUAGGUAUGAUUUUGUGUCAUGUUGGAUGUGGAAUUAUUAGUAAUGCUCUUUACAUUUCAAUCUGCAACAUUUUACACAUUAACAUCACUGAAUUUAAAUUUUUUGGAAGGCGAGGGUGUAAGGUUUAUGGUUCUAUCCAGUUCCUGAUCAUGUAAGAUGGGUGUACACACAGUGCACAUUGUACUGGUAAUGUUUAAAUUGUAUUAGUCAUACCUCCAUGCCUCCCAGCCUUUUGUACACACUAUCGGUGUGUAUAUUUAUCAAAAGAUCUGCAUAACAUUACGAAAUCUGCAUUGCUUAAUGCUAAUCUCUUUUUAAUAUUUUUCUACAGUCAAAUAUCAAUGUUUAAUCCACACUCAUUACAUAUGGAAUUGUGCCUCCAAGUGAUUAAAAAUGAAUAAACUGUAUGUGUUGUUUUUGUCAACACAUCUGGACUUGCCUCUAUCUGCCUUUUCAUUCAGAGGAAAAGUAUUGGUUAAUUAAAUGAAAAAAUACCUUUUAGAUAUACUGAUCUCACAUGUUACCAGAAUUAAACAUUGGAUUACUGAAUAGUAAAUACUAUUUUGUAACUAUAUAUUUGUUUGUUUUGUUUUUAUUAUUAAUUAUGUUUCACUAUCUUUAGAUGUUUUACAUGAAUCCAGAGCCUUUAACUCUCAACAAGCUAUUUACAUGGAUUUCUUCCUAGCCACUGUUCAGGAAUUUCUUGUUGUUGGAGUUUUAUGCUGUCUAAUCAGUAUAAUAACUCUUUGCAACAACUGCUGAUGUAAAGGCUUUAUGGAAUAAGUGACUGAUCAAAUUUGAUGUAGGGGCAAUACUAGAACCGGUAUUCUAAGGAUUCUGUUUAUUUGCAACAAAAUAUGUUAAACUGAGAUGGUUGUAUAAAAACAUUUUGUUGAUGGCAAGAACUAUGCAUAAUCAUUUGCAAAGCUGUGAAGUAUUGAAUCAAGACUUUUGUAUCAGUAUCAUAAUCCAUGUCAUAAAGUCUGGUAGUAUGUUCGAUGAUUGAUUGAUUUUGUCCUUUGUUGAACAAAAAAAAGAACUUUCUGUAAAAUAAACACAUUCUACAGCUUG